UAUCGAUGUUUUCACCAGCUCUAUAGCGACCUUAGCGUUUCGAGGAAAAAAAACACAGAAACCGCUGUUUUUCGGUGCAGUUUGUGAAGCCGUUUGCUGAAAACUUGUGGCGCGAACUGCGACGCAAAAAAAACGCAUUAAGAAGCCCCGAAAAAUAAACAGGAGCUAAAUCGCCUUGAAAUUGUAGAAAAGAUGUCCAAUUCGGAGAAGAUGCAGGGCCAGGAGCACGACGACGAGCAGUCCUCUGACAUAGAGGAGUCCGCCGACAAUGUGGGCCGCGAUGAGGCCACCGACGAGGACGAGGACAGCAAUGGCCAUAUGCAGCAGGAGGAGGAUGCCGAUGGCGAUGGCGAUAAUGAUGGUGAUAACGAUGGUGAUGGCGACCAGGAUGGCCAGGAUAACCAGGAGCAGUCGGGCGACGAGGACGGCCAAAACAACGGGCAAAGCAACAACAAUGGCUCGUCGCAACAGCAGCAACAUCAGCAGCAGCAACAGCAGCUGCAGCAGCAAAUGGAUCGCACCAGUGCCACCAAUCUGAUUAUCAACUACUUGCCGCAGGACAUGACCGAUCGCGAGCUGUACAAUCUGUUCAGCGGCUGUGGGCCCAUCAACACCUGCAAGAUAAUGCGCGACUUUAAGACCGGUUAUAGCUUCGGCUACGGCUUCGUGGACUACAAAACGGAGUCGGACUCGGAGGAUGCCAUCCAGAAGCUGAACGGCUUCUAUGUGCGCAACAAGCGUUUAAAGGUCUCGUAUGCCCGACCUGGUGGUCAGUCCAUCAAGGAUACCAAUCUGUACGUCAUCAACCUUUCGCGGAACAUCAACGACGACAUGCUCGACCGCAUCUUCUCGCCCUUCGGCCUCAUAGUCCAGCGCAAUAUCCUGAGAGACAAGCUCACUGGACGCCCACGCGGCGUCGCCUUUGUGCGCUACAACAAGCGCGAGGAGGCCCAGGAGGCGAUCAAGGCGCUGAACAACACGGUGCCCGAGGGCGGAUCCCAGCCGAUUUGGGUGCGACUCGCGGAAGAGCACGGCAAGGCCAAGGCCGCUCAGUUUAUGAAUCAGAUUGGCGGCGGCAACGGUGGUGGUGGUGGCGGUGGAGGCCCACCGCACAUGGGCGGCGGACCCGGCGGACCGAUGCCGCAUCACCACAACAACCACCAUCAUCACAACAACCACCAUAAUCCGCAUAUGCCGCCACACCAUCAUCAGCAGCAGCAUCCGCACCAGCAUCCGCACCACCAUCCGCCGCUGCACCACAUGCAGCAGCAUCCGCAUCAUCCCAACAAUCACCACAACAAUCAUAACAACCAUCAUAACAACAAUCACAACAACCAUAACAACAACAAUCACCACAACAUGGGUGGUCCGCAUCCGCAUCCGCAUCACAUGCAGCAAAUGCACCACCCGAUGGGCAUGAACAUGGGCAUGGGCGUGAACAUGGGAAUGGGCGGCAUGGGCAUGGGCAUGCCCAUCCAUGGAGGAGGUGGUGGCAACGGCGGCGGCGGCGGAGGCAACAACAACAACAAUGGAGGCGGAAACGGCAACGGCGGCGGCGGUGGUGGUGGCAACUUCCACCACAUGGCGCACAGAGGUAGAUCAAAUAGAACAACACGAUCUCAAAAACCGCAUCCAUAUAACCAUGCACAGAAAUUUAUUUAAACGCCAUUAAUUUCUUUACACGAUAUACUAGCUGCAUCAUCUCACAGGUGAAGUAGUGUUCAUGCUGCCAUUGCCGAUUUGCAGCCGAUUCCCAAUCAGCAAUUGCCAGCAGCCGCAACGAGCAACAACUUGCAGCAGAUUCCGAUUCAGAUUCAGUACGAAAUAGCACCACCACCACCGCUAGUAAGCCACCAGCAGAAUGAUAGCUACAAUGAGAUAUUAUACGAUAAUUCGGACUACCUAGUGCCGGUCUACUUCCCAGUCGUCCCAGCCUAUCCAACGGCCAUCUCAUCCUCCUCGUCUACUCCUUCUGUUUUGGCCGUGUCUGUUCCAAUUUCUGACUCAACAGAGGAAACUACUAGCGUAACUGGCGGCUAUUUGAAUUUCUACAACAUCAACGGAGAUCUGGUCAACUCGAUCACCUACUAUGACACGGCCAACGGAGAUUUGUGUGCCCUGGGCCUGGUCUAUGUGAGCUAUCAGGCGGCGGAGGAAAUGCCAGAGGAUGAUGCCAUGGAGGCCAUGACUUUGAUAGCCCAAAUGAGCAGUGCAUCGCUGGCAGAUGGAGGCGAGGAGGGCGAAAUGGUCGAUGGACAGCAGCUGUAUGGUGGCUUCGAAUAGAAGAAAAAGAUAUAUGCCAAAAAAAAAAGCUUAAAAAUUGAACAAUAUCAAUAUAUCUCUCGCUCUCUAUGUGAAUGUAUGUAUGUUGUAAUUGAAUAUAUAUGUAUAUCCAUCUCAGAGAGCCAGGAUCGAUCGAUCGGUUGAGACUAUACUAUAUAAACUAUAUUUACUGGCCAGGAAUAGCGAAUCGCAAAUGGAGGCAAUACGGCAGGCAUGAGCAGAAACCGAAAGAACACUAUCACUAUCACAAGAUAUUUUAGCCAAGCAAAGUUGAUGAUGCAUAGCGUGUAAUAAGAUGUAAGAAAUAAUGUUCCAAAGUACACAAGCCCCACACAAAAAAUCCCCAAAAAAAAACCCAGAACCCAAAAUCCAAAACCCAAAACCACCCACAUUAUAUAAAGACGGUCGGAGUCAAAUUUUAUGAUACAGAUUUCGCGAUAAAGAUAUAAUAAUAAUAUUACAUGCACUAAGAUGCGAAUUUCUAAGUAAGAAACAAUUCCAAUGGAUUUGUAUGAGAGGAGCAUACAAAACACACAACCCCCAAAUGAGAAAACCAGCAAACCAGAACGGAAACACACUUAACUCACUUAACCCUAGAGUACACACUGCAUGGACGACUUGGACGGAUACAUAGAGAUGAUGACAUACGGAGGGAUUUAUAGAGAUCCCCACCAUAUAGAGACAAUGGACAGCGGACGGCUUGCUCUAAAAAUAGAUGGUUAAUUUGUAGACUUUUAAGAAAACCUACAGCAAGAAGAAGGGUUCGUUCGGCGGCACUUGCUUUUUACUAAAUAAUAAAUAAAUUAUUGAUGUAUAACCAACAACAACAACAACAACCACACUCUACACUACACUAAACAAACAACAACUAUAUAUUAGAAUAAUAUAUAUGAAUGUAUAAACACCCGAUUUGCCGUAAACCUCCAACAAAAACUCGACAAGAUGAUCGCUGAAUAAUGAAAUAAACUUGAAAUUUUCCAACCAGCA